CUUAAGUAUUUUUUCUAUUUUCACAACUCUCCUUUAGAUUAAUCAUAAUAAUUCCCGGCCGUAUCUAAUAUAUAAAAGCCAGCUUAUGGCACCUUAGAACUCACCCAAGAUUCAUAUAUCGAGAAAUAUGAUAUUUACAUUUAUCCGAUAUGCAUCAUACGAGACAGUCAAGAAGAUCCAGGCAUUACGUAACUAGCGCCCCUCAAUUGUGGCUCGAGCUUUACAGGCCUGCAGGCAUCUUUUGGACGUAAAUCGACGUCAAGUUUCGACAUUAGCUUCGACAAGCUCUCGAAGUAACGACAAAAACUCUCCACUCCGACGCAUUUGAUGCAUUUGAUGCAGCGUUGAAGAACAGCUUUGCCACGACACCCGACACCUGACACCCGUUGAAAUGUUGACUCCCGCGACAACAGCAACGCGCCUUGGUGUUUUAGGCACUCGUGCCCUCAAAUUGCAGGUCGCAUUCACGAGAGGGGCAACCUGCCAAUAUUCCUCACUAGCAUCUCGACAAUGCACCAUCCGUAGCACCAAGUCGAUGCCUUCCAUCGCAACUCGAGCAGCCGCCAGAAAGCCUGCGCGCAGCAUACAGUGCCAAGCUGUUGCCCGUCGCCAUGCUUCCACUACGGCCUCUGCGGCAGAAGUCGCUUCAGAAUCUUCUACUCCAGCUCUCGAUUGGAAUACCUUUUUCGUCUUGCGCAAAACGCGGCGCCGCUUCCAGCUCGCCAGCGGUAUCUUAACAAUGGCAAUAGGUGGCACGGCAGGUGCUAUCCUGCUUGUAAAUAUGGACAUGGACUGGCUGUUGACCAAGGUCCCAAUGGACCCGUUUUUUGCGCUGGGUAUAGUGACUAUGAGCUUCGCAGGGCUAGGCUGGCUGGCUGGGCCGAGUGUGGGCUCUGCGCUGUUCUACACCUUCAAGAAGGGCGUCAAGAAGCCAAUGGCAAUUAAAGAGUCCGAGUUCUUUGCGCGCAUCAAGAAGAACCGAGUAGAUCCUAGCAACAGCUCGUUGAGUGGUAACGCCGUCCCCGAUUUCUACGGCGAGAAGAUCUCGAGCGUGGCAGGUUACAGACAAUGGUUAAAAGACCAAAGGGCAUUCAACAAGAAGCGAACAAGCUUCGUCUGAGAGGAAAAGUGGUCUCAGGGGAUCGGCCCCAUGCAAGGGAGAAAAUGCAUAGUCCACAUACUAUGAUAGGAUUACGAGUUUCUUAUCACAUUAAUGAGAGAAUAUAUCUCGACGUUCAGGUAAAAAGCAAAAGCU